AUGUACGGCCUCAAACAGUUGUCGAUUGUAAGCCUGAUGCUUCUUUCAGUAACGGCGGCAAAGAAGGCCGACCGAACAACUGUGGGCAUUGAAACAGCUGAGAAGAGCCGAGGUAUUGAUGUGCCGUUAAAUGAUUGCCAUCCAAUCGAGGAAGAGGAUGUUCUUACUGUGUCUCUGAGAAAGCCAUGUCGUCUCUUCACCGGCCCCGACUGCACCGGACACAACACAUUCUUGAGCCCCGGAGAGCACUCUUCCAAGGACCCAAUUCCCGUCAUCGAGUCGAUAUUCUGCCAGCCAUCAUUUUGA